UUCUACACUCUUUGCCAGUAGCAACAACAACUUACAAUUAAGUAAGACAUUUAAGCUUCACCUAAAACGUCCUAAAAAUUGCAUUAACGACAGUUGAACCAAUGAAAUAUCGAUGGAACUCUUUUGAAUGUGCUUUUGAAUGAGAAUGAUACCCUGCCAAGUACAAAGUGGCUUGAAAUAUUAAUGCCAUAAGUGUUUAAUGGUGUUCUCCUAAUAUAGAAAGAUCCCCCGGCUGAGUAAAUCACUCAUCGGAAAGUAUUGACAGUGAAUUUCCACAUGGUCGGCUCAUCAAUGUUUCAUCAAGAUAGCUUCAAGGGCUUCAAUUUUGAGUAGUUGGGUGUCGACAGUCAUGAGAUUAGUUCCCGUCAUUUUAUUAGCUACGGUGAUAAAGAUAAAGGGUGAAAGGUGUGGAAUGGAAUCAAACUUGGCACAGAUCCUGCAGAACAAUGGCUGGAAUUACGUGAUGGUCGUCCAUUCAGGCCCAAUAACUCAAAUGUGCCAAUGUUUGACCCAAGAGCUCAUAAAGAGACAAGUUUAUGCGGCAAGCGUGGCAUCGGUCAAUUUGAACAUCACUUACGAUUCCAUGUUUCGUUACUUGUUUUUGCUCAAUGACCUUUCUGAAUAUGACCAUUUGGAGCCAUUGAUUGCCGCGACCAAACCUCAAAAGAGUGCAUUGAUCCUGAACAUUCCAUCCGAGGCUGAAGAGGACCUUUUGACCCGGAUCAAAGUGCAAGAUUUAUAUUUUUACUUGUUGUCCCCAUCACCCUCUUUGCGGAUCCGUUCCGUCAUCUCCACGCCCAGAUUUAGCCACCCCGUGAUUAACGAAGUACUCCUCAACCCUGACCUUAAAUUUAUUGAGACUUACGACCUUCAAGGACAGACUGUAUCUGAAAUAACUGUUCCUUAUUUCCCAUACAACUUUGAACAAGACGGACAAGCUCAUGGGAUGAUCCCUGACCUUUUUCAGUCUUUAGGAAGCAGAUUCAACUUCAGCGUAUUUCAUCUAUUCGUUUCGGAUUGGGGCGUGGUACCGCUUGAAAAAGGGCCCUUUCAAAAUAACACCUUUGUCGGGGCCAUGGGGGCUGUGAUCCAUGGGGGCUUUGACUUGAGCCUUUCGUCUUGGCUGGCUGUGCCUGAGCGAAGCCCACUCCUCGAUAUGGAACCUACCUACAUAAUUCGCAAUGUAAUGGCCAUUGUGCCAAAACCAUUGAAGGUGGAUCUAAAGUUCUUUCAGCAUCCCUUUUCCAUUGAGGCCUGGCAGGGCAUACUCCUCGUGGCAUUCCUGAUCUGCGUUACAAUCAUUCCCCCGUCAUUACUUUUGGGGAAUUAUGAAAACACCGAUGCCUACAAUUGGGCCUCCUUGAGUGCCUGGUCGUUCUUUCUUCUCAUUAAUUCGUUUUACGGCGGAGCCUUGACCAUGUUCUUUAGUACCAAGGCUGCUCCACCAUUUUCCCAAUUUCACGAAGUCGUUCAAGCUUAUCCCACAUGGAUCCUCAAGACCUUGGCAGGGACAGAUGUAUACUUCAAUGACAAGGCAGAAUGUGGGGAUCCAGAUUUCAAGGCGUUCUACGAGCGAAUGGUUCAGAAUCCGGAAGAGACCACGUUCACCAAUAUUGGCCAUGUUUUGAGAACCAUGGAGGAGGAGUACAUUGUGAUCUUGGCCGAUUUUAGCGUUCUGCAAUCGUCCUUCCAGAUGAAUUUAGAUUUUAAAGCUCACAUAGAAAUAUUGGGGACCAUGAGAGAGUCUUGGACCAAUGUGAUCUUGAAGAAACACUCACCUUUGAGUCCGAUUGUUAGAAAAGGCCUGAACUCUCUUCGGGAUUACGCUGUGAUGGAAAAGACGAGAGCCAAAUGGAUUGGGCAAGGGGUACCCAAAUCAACAGAAAUAUCUGCUUACACCCUAGGAUUGGGCCAAACACUUCUCGUUUACUUGACUACACUCAUAGCUUGUAUCCUGAGCUUGAUGAUUUUGGGAUUGGAACAUUUGUUCGCCAGGUUUUACUCCUCCUAACAGCUCGGAAACCACGAAACGCUCGCUUGAGAAUCCAGGAGAUAAAUGUAUCUUUCAAUAAUUCACUCAUUGACAAAUAAAGAGGAUUUGAACCUA